AUGUCUUCGUCAUCUUCUGUGACUGCUCCCUCCCCGGAUUCAAAUUCCACCACUACUCCAGCGCCGCCGCCACCAGCGGCGACAACAUCUCCGCCUACCCCCUUACCAUCAUCACCACCGCCGACCUCGUCACCAUCACCACCGGCCGUUUCCCCACCUUCAAAUGCAACAUCAUCACCACCACCUCCGUCGACGGGUGGCAACCCCCCUCCGCCGCCAUCUUCCAACGAUGCCUCUCCUCCUCCACCACCUCCGAACAGCAAUGUUUCAAACCCGCCGCCCAGUGAUCUCGUUUCGCCACCCCCGCCACCCCAUUCUUCUUCUUCUGCCACACCACCUCCGCCGCCACGCUCCAUUAAAUCUCCUCCAUCUCAUUCCAACACGUCGUCGAGUACCUCGUCAAACUCCGAUAUGUCAGCCUCCACAAAGCAGUUGAUAAUAGGAAUCACGGUUGGAGUAGGGCUUUUUUUACUGGCUUUGAUCGUCAUUUGUUUAGUUUUUGGCAAGAAGAAGAAGAGAAAACAUGAUCAUAUGCAGUACUAUGGCGGUGAUCCUUCUCAUGAUAACAAUACUUAUUACAACAAUAAUCCAUCGCAUCAAAAUUGGAACAUGGGUCCACAAGGAACAGAACACGUGGUAAGGCUCAACCCGCCACCCGGUGGCGGUGGUGUAGGACCAUGGCCUUCACCGCCUCCGCCUCUUCCUCCAGGCAUGAACAGCGGCGAGAUGAGCUCGAAUUACUCGGGACCACGGCACCCGCCAUUGCCGCCUCCUUCUCCAUCACUCGCUCUCGGCUUCAACAAAAGUACCUUCACUUAUGACGAGCUCGCCGCCGCAACCGGCGGAUUCUCGCACGAAAAUUUGUUGGGUCAGGGCGGGUUUGGGUACGUGCACAAAGGGGUUUUGCCUAAUGGGAAACAAGUUGCGGUCAAGAGCCUCAAAUCUGGAAGUGGGCAAGGUGAGAGAGAGUUUCAGGCAGAGGUUGAGAUCAUUAGCAGGGUCCACCAUCGACAUCUUGUGUCACUUGUCGGAUAUUGCAUCGCCGGUGGACAGAGAAUGUUGGUCUAUGAGUUUGUUCCCAAUAACACCUUGGAACAUCAUCUUCACGGGAAGGGUCUUCCAACCAUGGAUUGGCCAACUAGGCUCCGAAUUGCGACGGGAUCAGCCAAAGGGCUUGGUUAUCUUCAUGAAGAUUGCCAUCCACGAAUUAUUCAUCGGGAUAUUAAAGCUGCUAAUAUUCUCCUCGACUACAACUUUGAAGCCAUGGUGGCUGAUUUUGGGUUGGCUAAGCUGUCUUCUGACAACUAUACUCAUGUAUCUACAAGAGUCAUGGGCACAUUCGGGUACUUGGCUCCAGAAUAUGCAUCAAGUGGGAAGUUAACAGAAAAAUCUGAUGUUUUCUCAUAUGGGGUCAUGCUCUUGGAGCUCAUAACAGGACAUCGACCUGUCGAUCCUAACAGUGCAAUGGAUGAAAGCUUGGUGGAUUGGGCUCGACCGCUUCUGCAACUUGCCCUUGAGAACGGCGUUUACGACGAGCUAGUUGAUAAACGAUUGGAAGACAAUUACAACCCACAUGAGAUGGCGCGCAUGGUCGCCUGUGCCGCUGCAAGCAUCCGCCAUUCGGCCAGAAAACGCCCCAGAAUGAGUCAGAUUGUUCGGGCACUAGAAGGAGAUGUUUCACUCGAUGACUUGAACGAAGGCGUGAGACCAGGCCAUAGCUCCAUUUACACGUCGAGUGGGAGCUCAGACUAUGACGCCAAUGCAUACAAUGCUGACAUGAAAAAGUUUAGAAAGAUGGCUUUGACUAGCCAGGAAUUUGUGAGCAGCGAGUUCGGGACUUCCACUAGUGGUGACUCCCACGACAUGUCCAAUCCUGGACACCAAAAGCAAAACUUUGGAGUUUAGCAAAUCAAAACGACACAAAAAAGACAGUCGUUUUAUUAGCAACUAGUUUCUGCUUUUGUUAUUAUACAUUAUUUGUGACUUAAUUGGGAUUUGGGGUUACGAGAUUGUGAGACUACUUUGUGGUUGAUGUUUUGUUGGUUAUAUAAAACUUACUUCAGAAGUUCUGAGA